AUGUCUUUUGAUCUGAAAGAGCUGCUCUGCAAUCGUUUGUGGUCCUACAACCCACUAGCAUAUGGAGGAGUGGUAUUUCACGAGGACGGAACAGGAUUCGUAAGCAGCUCACCUCGUCUCACUCCCAAUGCCCCUGAUACCCAAAAAAAAAUGGGGGUGGCAAACCUGCUCCAUGCCAAAUUCACAUGGCGUGAGGUACCGUCGACUCCGCAAGCCGAAGAGCAAGCCCAGCAGGACGUGGCGACGAUGACGACCUCGCACUUCAAGAUCGAGGUUACUCUGCUCAAGGCAGAGCAAGGCCCGGGUUCCGCCGCUUUUGUGCACGAAACCAUGUACAACGACCGCGUCUUCGACCAAAGGACGUUUGAAAUCAGCCUGGAGCAGGGCAGGUGGGAGCUCAAACAGCCAGAAACCAGUGUGAUAAGCAACAAGUUGACUCCGUACGGCCGGAGGCUUACCUUUGAGCCGUCGAUCCUCCCAGCGGCUGUGAAUUUCAAAAAGGGCGAACCCCGGAGGCUCCUGGGCCUGCACCGGUUUGACGAGUGGAAAUCGUUUUAUAGCGAAAAGCUAAAAGACUAA